AGAACCAGCCUAGUAUAUAUUCUACUAUAGUCAAGUCACUUCCCAAUAUGCUUUCUACUAUUAAGUUUGUUGAUAUAUGAUGGUGUUGUGAUGUUGUCAGUAUGUGUAUGUAUGUUUCUAGAAUCUGAAAUCAACAGUUUGUAUGUUAAAGAGAAUAAAUAGGUUUAAAAAUGGGGGACAUAGACACCUUUUUUGCAAAAAAAGACAAGAAAAAGAAGGGAUCAAAGGGAUUUUCGAAAGCUAAUACAGACGUCAUAGCCAAAAACUUAGAGGAAGUGGAGAGAAAGGAACAAAAACAGCAGGAGAAAGAUGAUUAUAACGCAGAUCCAUUAAACAAAGAAGAAAUCAUGAACAAAAAUAACAAGGAGGAUGAGGAUGAAGAAGAGUGGGGAGAGUACAGGGAGAAACUAAAAGAUUAUUCUGUUCUAAAAAUAGAAUCCGUCAGACUAGUGGAUUCAAUUGAUACAGAGGAACCCGAGGAGGCUGUAGAGGAUGAGAAGAAUGAGGACGAGGACGGGGAGAGUAAAGAGGACGAAGACGAAGAGCAUGAAGAUGAAGAAUCAGAAAACGAAGACAAAAAGGACAACAUCGUCCAGAGUAAAGACGACGUGAAGAGCUCCUAUGUUCCUCCCCAUCUGAGAGGAGUUGGAGGAGGAGGAGGGGUUCAAGAGAACAGAGAUAUCAAUGUCCGUCCUUCAAACAGAAGGGUGAAAAUAGCUCCGGAUAUAAGUUCUGAAGUGUACUUCCCUUCCCUUUCCAACACUGUGGAAGAAAAUGGUCCUAAGGGAGCUUGGGGGAAGAGAUUAGAAAUCUGAUCGGACGAGUCAUUAAAACAUCCUUAGCCUAAACCUUUUUCUUAAUAUUCCAAAAUCCUACAUAUCUGUGCAGAAUGGUGGCAUCAGUUUUUAUAAAUUUACAGUGAAAAUAUUAUUUUACUCCUCCCUGUUUUUAUUUAUUCAUUUAAUACAAGAGUUUAAGCAAAGAAUCCCUGGCACAAAAGUAAAAUGAAAAUAAACAAAACUUUAUGAUUUAUAUAAAUGUUAUCAUUAAAAAAAAUCA